AUCCAAGUGUGUAUGUAUAGAAAGAGAAACUAAACAAAGAAGAAGAAACCCAUUACCUCUCCUACUACUUUAUUCUUUCUAUAAAUUACUACUCUCAUCUUUUUGGCUAACCAAUUUUGGUUGAGAAUAGUACAGUUUAGAGAGCUUGGGUCAGGGUGGGUAGCUCAAAGGGGGUGUUGUUGUAGUGUGUAAAGAGAGACUGAAACUACUACCCACCAAACAUGGUAUUGUCUUCUUGCCCCUUUUGUUAGCUGCCAUUAGAGUCAUACUCUUCUGCUUCCAAGAUUUGGGUUCUCAUGUAGAAAUUUCUAGUACCACCUGAAUUUUUUUACCAGAUCUUUCAAGAACAACAACUGUCCUAUCUGCUUUGACAUGGGAACUUUGGCACCUGAACCUGAGGUCACAUGCUCGAAAAAGUACUUAGCAUUGGGUCUGAAGAUAUCUGGCAAGGAAAAAUCAGGGAAACCCAGAGUUUUAUCGCUUCUUUCAACACUUCUUGAGAGGUCUGUUCAAAAUAAUGAAAGCUUAUUAGAAAGUUCACAAAGUGAAGACGUGAUCACAAUAUUUCAUGGAUCAAGAGCCCCCUCUCUCAGUAUUGAACAGUACUUGGAUCGCAUUUAUAAGUAUUCAUGUUGCAGCCCUUCAUGCUUUGUGGUUGCACACAUAUACAUGGAGAGAUUCAUUGAAUGCACUGGUGCUCAUUUAACUUCCCUCAAUGUUCACCGACUACUUAUCACAAGUGUGAUGGUGGCAGCAAAAUUCAUCGAUGAUGCAUUCUAUAACAAUGCAUACUAUGCAAGAGUAGGUGGUGUAACCACAAAAGAGUUGAAUAAGCUGGAGAUGAAAUUCUUGUUUGGAUUGGAUUUUCAACUUCAUGUAAAUGUCCAGACAUUCGGAAGCUAUUGUUCUCUCCUAGAGAAGGAAGGCACUGUAGGUCUCCAGAUUGAGCGCUUAAUUCAGGCAUGUAGAAUCAACGAGAGCUGGUCAAACAAAGACGAUUCCACCUGGUCACAAAUUGCAAGAUGAGGUUUUACAAUGGUGAAGAUAUCAUCACAAAGUUGAAACUCUUUCAGACAUGGAAGAAACUGAAAUGCUGGGUUUUGUACUAUAUUGUCUAGGUAGGAAAAAGUCAUAGCAGUGUGAUACACUUUUUUUUUACCCAUUUUUGUCUUGUGCAGGUGUUCUUUACUGUACUAGUGUAGCUCCCAGGAACCCUGGUAUCAUUCUUUUUCAUGUUCUGUGAAGUUCCCCACGGAUGUUGGUCCCUAUAGAAUUGUUUAAUGUUUACAAUCGAAGUUUCUUAGUGAUUUCAGGUAUUAUUUUGAUCAACCAAGUUUGAACCCACAAGGGUUUUAUAUACAAUGCUCUUUUAGAA